AUGGAAGGAGAAGCUGUCGCCGCAGUCAUUAAAGUUUUAGUUCAAAACCUCAUCGACCAUUCUAAGAAAGAAAUCUCACUAGUCCGAGGUCUCGAAAAAGAUGCAGCAAAGCUAGCUGGGAGUUUAGAUACGAUCCAGCAAUUGUUGAACGAUGCUGAGAGCCGUACUAUUCCCGGUGGGGCUGUCAAAAGCUGGCUGAGGAAGCUCGAAGACGUGGCCUUCGAUGCUGACAAUGUUUUGGAUGAACUCAACUAUCAUCUUCUCUCCAAACAAAUCAAGUCCAUUAAGCCCAUGAAAGAAAAGCUCUUAAAAUCCAAGAAAUCAAAUGAGAAUUUGGAGUAUAUUCGAAAAGAGGGAGCUGAGCUUGGCCUCAAAGAGAGGCUUGCCAACGAUGUGCCAAAAUUGCCUCAUGCUGCUUUUGAAACCGAUUCCUUCUCACAUGAUCCAAUUUUCAUUGGAAGAGAUGAGUUGGUGUCAGAAAUAGUUGAGGUUAUUAACACUCGUAUCACAACUGAUGAACGUAUAAUUUCUAUCAUUGCCAUUGUGGGAAUGGGAGGAUUGGGGCAGACAACCUUGACUAGGAAUGUCUUCCAUCAUCCAAAGAUAAAAACUCACUUUGGUUCACAUAUUUGGGUGCAUGUUUCUCAAAUUUUUGAUUCAAUCACUCUUUUCAAGAAAAUCCUUAAAUGCUUAAUUUCUACUGAUAAAGUUGAAGUUGAGAGUAGGGCAGAUAUUAUGAAAAAGCUUUUAGAAGCUUUGAAAGACAAAAUUUAUCUUCUCAUUCUUGAUGACAUAUGGAAUCAAGAUCGUCCAAAAUGGGAUGAUUUUAUCAAUUCUUUGGUUGGCGUCACUUCUACCAAGAGGAAUGCAAUUGUUAUUACCACUAGAAAUAUGGAAGUCGCUUCAACUGUGCAAUCACUUCAUACACAUGAGCUCAAAGGGUUAUCACAUGAAGAUUGUUGGUCGAUAAUCAAAGCAAAAACUUUUGGAAAAGUGGAUAUUCCGUUAGAGUUUGAGGCUAUAGGGAGGAAGAUUGCAACAAGAUGGCAAGGUUCUUCUAAUAAUACAGAAGGCGGGAGCCGAGUGAGAUACAUGAUUCAUGAUGAAGAAAGUCGUAUUACAAAAGAAGUGGCAAAAUAUUUGCGUACGUUAUUGUUCGAGGGACACAUUUAUCGUAACAAGUUUGUAGAUUUCGAGCGUCUACAUACUUUAGUUCUUGCAGAUGAUUGGUGUACUAAGUUGCCAAGUUCGAUAAGGAAGUUGAUACAUUUAAGGAAACUUGAUAUUUCGUCGACGAGUAUCAAUUAUUUGCCAGACUGGAACUGGAUUGGAGAACUCCAUCAGAUGCAAACAAUAAACGCAAAUUUAAGAGGAUUGGAACUGCCUAGUGCUCUGAAGUACUUGAUUAAUUUAAGGCAUCUUUAUAUCGAUUCCUUUGCAAAGUUGCCUGCUGAGAUUGGGAGUUUAACUUCUCUCCAGACGCUAGAGUAUUUUAGAGUUGGCGACAAGAAUGGAUGGAAAAUCAAAGAGAUCGGGAGUUUGAAUGAUCUCAAGGGGAAACUGAAAAUUUUUAGCCUUGAAAAGGUUGAAAACAAGGAAGAGGCUGAGAAAGCAAGUCAAUCUAACAAGUCAAAAUUAUUGAAGUUGCAUUUGUCAUGGAACAUGUAUGGAGGUGGUGAUACUCCAAAUGAUAAGAAUGUGUUGGAAGGUCUUCAACCACACUCAAAUCUAAAAAAGUUAGCGAUUGAAGGAUUCAAUGGAAAAAAAUUUCCAUCAUGGACCCAGAAGAUGGCAGUUGAAAAUGUACCUCAAGGUUGUUGGGUACCACUUAACAAGUUGAUUGAGAUAAAACUCUACGAGUGCUCAAAAUGUGAAGAAAUCCCAAUGUUUGGGCAUUUGCCAAAUCUCAAGUCUCUCUGGUUAGAAGGAUUGACAAAUUUGAAGUUCAUAAAUUCUUCUUUCUAUGGAUUAGUGAAUGAGGAGACACAUAUUGUUUUUCUAGCUCUAGAAAAACUCGUAUUGCAUAACAUGCCUAAUCUUGCAGAGUGGGCAGAAGUAGAAUCUCCAUGUGCAACUGAUGUCACGGUAUUUCCUAACCUUCAACACUUACAGAUCUCUUGGUGCAAGCAAUUGACGAGUUUUCCUAAUCAAUCAGAGUCAUGCCUCAAAAGUUUGGUAGUCAGGGAGACUGGGAGCAUGCCAUUAACAUGCAUAUUCAAGACAAAAUUAAAGUUACUAAUAGAGCUUUGCAUAGAAAGAAUAUAUGGUCUAGAAUAUCUCCCAAAUUGGUUAUUCUAUAACAAUCCCAAUCUCUUGGAGUUAACUAUAAGAAGGUGUUCCAAUUUGAGAGAAUUACCAGAUGGUCUAGGCACCCUCAAUUCUUUGGAGAUGUUGAGUAUAAGCGACUGUCCAAAUUUGGAACGAAUAGCAAAUAUUGGUGCACAACAUUCACAAGGAAGCCUCACAUGCCUUCAAAGGAUGAAGAUUUAUGAAUGCGAAGCUUUGCUGUAUUUUCCAUGGGAAAUGGUAGGAUCCUUGCUUGAGGUACUGGAGUUUGAGAAUUUAAGUUAA